GCCCGCCCGCCGCUUCCAGGGGCGGAGGGGACAGCGGCCCGGGACGGGCGGCCGCAGCUGCCCGCCGCGCCGAGGGACCGCGGGGCGGCGGAGGGCAGGUUAUAAAACAUGGAGGCUGGCUCAGUGGUUCGAGCCAUCUUUGACUUCUGCCCCAGUGUAUCAGAAGAACUACCGCUCUUUGUGGGAGAUAUUAUUGAGGUGUUGGCAGUGGUGGAUGAAUUUUGGCUUCUAGGAAAGAAAGAGGAUGUUACAGGGCAGUUCCCCAGCAGUUUUGUGGAAAUUGUGACCAUUCCCAGUCUAAAAGAAGGAGAGAGGCUGUUUGUCUGUAUCAGUGAAUUUACGUCCCAAGAAUUGAACAGUCUUCCCCUCCAUCGAGGUGAUCUGGUGAUUCUUGAUGAUGCUCCCACUGCCAGCUGGCUGCAGGGCCGAAGCUGCUGGGGUGCCCGCGGCUUCUUCCCAUCCUCAUGUGUGCGGGAGCUCUGCCUCUCCUCGCAGAGCCGGCGGUGGCACUCCCAGAGCGCCCUGCUCCAAAUUCCAGAAUACUCAAUGGGACAAGCCCGGGCACUGAUGGGGCUUUCAGCCCAGUUGGAUGAGGAGCUGGACUUCAGAGAAGGGGAUGUGAUUACCAUCAUUGGAGUUCCUGAACCAGGCUGGUUUGAAGGGGAAUUAGAGGGCCGAAGAGGCAUUUUUCCAGAAGGGUUUGUAGAGCUUUUGGGGCCCCUUAGAACUGUGGAUGAGUUGGUAAGUUCUGGAAAUCACAAUGACUGCAUUAUUAAUGGUGAAGAAGAGACCCCUACAGGAGAAGAGGAGAGGGGGCCAGAGGAGGAUGAGGAGCAGCCGGGGACCUAUGGAAUUGCCCUCUACAGAUUCCAGGCCCUGGAGCCGAAUGAGUUGGAUUUUGAGGUAGGUGAUAAAAUCCGAAUUCUGGGGACACUGGAAGAUGGCUGGCUAGAAGGAUCACUGAAGGGCAGGACAGGCAUCUUUCCUUACCGAUUUGUGAAGCUGUUUUCUAAAACAAGAGCAGAGGAGACCAUGGACCUGCCAAAGGAAAGCAGCCCUACUGAAAUCCCUGACACUUCCUUAGAUUGUCGAGAGAACCCCUUAGUGGUGGAGGGAAGGCACAAAUCUCCUGAAUAUAAAGCAGAGAAGUCCAACUGUGUCAUUUCUGAAACAUCUGCUUCUCCCCUGGAGCAUCUGACUUCUGAGUGUGAAGUACACAAAAGCUCUCAUCAGGAUGAGGGCACCUCACGGGGGCCCCCAAGAAGCCCAGGCUGGGGCCAUGAACAGCCUCUUGCCAGACACUCUCCUGCAGAGGAUCCUUCAGAGACAAUCAACGGGGUUUCCUCCCAAUCUCAGGUACCUUUUCGUCCCAGAUGGCAGCAAAACCAGUAUUAUUCUACAACAGGAAGGGGCCACCUAAGCACAGAGCAGUACUCUGACCCUCUUCCCUUAGAAGCCAAAGCGAAAGACUACUCCAGCCGGCCUCCCAGAGGAAUGUACUCUCCACCAAAAACCUUUCAGAAGCCCGUGCCAUCUCCUCACGGUAGCUCUUGUCCUUUGGCCCCUAGGGUGGUCAGACCUAGCCUGCUGAGCUCUCAGCUCCAGAGCAUGGUUAGAGGUGCUAAAAAGUACCACACACCCAAAGAAAAUGCCUCCAGCUUUUGUUCUGCAUCAGAGAGAUCAGAAGUGAAGGCCGGUCUACAAGACAGGGCGUUUACAGCAGACUUGAUAGCACUGGGGCAGGGAGGAGGCCACACUGACCUGGAUUCUAAGUUGACACAACAGUUGGUAGAGUUUGAAAAGAGCCUGUCAGGACCCGGUGCAGAACCAGAGGCAAUCUUGCGCCACUUUUCAAUCAUGAACUUUAACUCUGAGAAGGACAUUGUCCGAGGUUCCUCAAAGUCAAUCACCCCACAGGAGCUGCCUGAGAGGAGAAGAGCCCUCAGGCCCCCACCACCGCGUCCCAGUACUCCAGCAUCCACCUCCCCCCAUGUGCUUCUUGACCAGAACCUGAAGCCGGAACCACCCUUGGCAAUGCGACCCUCUCGCCCAGCUCCCCUGCCUCCCUCGGCACAGCACAGGGUGACUGCAGUCACCCCCGGGCUCUUGACCCCCGGGCUCUUCACCCAUGAGAGCUGUGAGUCCCCAGAGAAGGAGGGCCCUGAGAACCUGGACCAGACUUUGGACCAGACUUCCCAGUGUCCACUCGUAUUGGUGAGGAUUCAGGAAAUGGAACAAGACUUGGAUAUGUGUAGCCCAGCUCCAGAAGAGCCGAACUUAACACUGGAGGAGAAGCAGGAUGAAUCUCUAAGGGCUGAGACCCCUGAGGAUCUUGAGUUCUAUGAGAGCAACAUUGAAAGUUUGAAUAUGGAACUCCAGCAACUCAGAGAAAUGACCCUCCUCUCCUCCCAGUCUUCAUCACCGGUGGCCCCACCUGGGUCCAUGUACACUGAAAACCCAGAGCAGAGGAUGCUGGAGAAGAGAGCCAAGGUGAUAGAAGAACUUCUCCAGACGGAAAGAGACUAUGUUCGGGAUCUGGAAAUGUGCAUCGAACACAUCAUGGCGCCCCUGCAGCAGACGCAGAUACCAAACAUUGACUUUGAAGGACUUUUUGGAAAUAUGCAGAUGGUGAUUAAGGUCUCAAAGCAGUUAUUGGCUGAUCUGGAAAUCAGCGACGCUGUAGGGCCUGUGUUUCUCGAUCACCGGGAUGAGCUUGAGGGAACAUACAAGGUUUACUGCCAGAAUCAUGAUGAGGCCAUUUCACUGCUGGAAAUCUAUGAGAAGGAUGAGAAGAUCCAGAAGCAUCUUCAGGACUCAUUGGCAGAUCUCAAAAGCCUGUACACCGAAUGGGGAUGUACAAAUUAUAUUAACCUGGGCUCCUUCCUCAUCAAACCGGUCCAGAGAGUAAUGCGCUACCCACUGCUGCUCAUGGAGUUGCUGAAUUCCACCCCAGAAUCCCACCCUGAUAAAGCGCCCUUAACCAGCGCAGUCCUUGCAGUCAAGGAGAUCAACGUUAACAUUAAUGAAUACAAACGGCGGAAGGACCUGGUUCUCAAGUAUCGAAAGGGUGAUGAAGAUAGCCUCAUGGAGAAAAUUUCCAAACUGAACAUCCAUUCCAUCAUCAAGAAAUCCAACCGAGUUAGCAGUCACCUGAAGCACCUCACUGGCUUUGCUCCACAGAUAAAAGAUGAAGCAUUCGAAGAAACAGAAAAGAACUUCCGAAUGCAAGAAAGAUUGAUCAAAUCUUUUAUCCGAGACCUGUCUCUCUACCUCCAGCAUAUCCGGGAAUCGGCAUGUGUGAAAGUGGUGGCUGCUGUGAGCAUGUGGGAUGUGUGUAUGGAGAAGGGACACAGAGACUUGGAGCAGUUCGAGAAGGUGCAUCGCUACAUCAGUGAUCAGCUCUUCACAAAUUUUAAGGAACGGACCGAGCGGCUUGUCAUCUCUCCCCUUAAUCAGUUACUGAGCAUGUUCACAGGGCCCCACAAGCUGGUGCAGAAACGCUUCGAUAAGCUUCUGGACUUCUACAACUGCACAGAACGGGCAGAGAAGUUAAAGGACAAGAAGACUCUGGAGGAGCUGCAAUCAGCCCGGAACAACUACGAGGCCCUGAAUGCGCAGCUGCUGGAUGAGCUGCCCAAGUUCCACCAGUACGCCCAGGGGCUCUUCACCAACUGCAUCCAUGGCUAUGCAGAGGCCCACUGCGACUUCGUGCGCCAGGCGCUGGAGCAGCUGAAGCCGCUGCUCUCGUUACUCAAAGUGGCCGGCAGAGAGGGAAACCUUAUCGCCAUCUUCCACGAAGAGCACAGCAGAGUCCUGCAGCAGCUCCAGGUUUUCACCUUCUUCCCAGAGUCGCUUCCGGCUGCCAGGAAGCCCUUUGAGAGGAAAACCCUGGACCGCCAGUCGGCCCGGAAGCCACUCCUGGGCCUGCCAAGUUACAUGCUACAGUCGGAAGAACUCCGAGCCUCCCUCCUGACGAGGUAUCCCCCUGAAAAACUCUUCCAAGCAGAACGGAAUUUCAAUGCCGCUCAAGACUUGGAUGUCUCGCUUCUGGAAGGUGACCUGGUGGGCGUGAUCAAGAAAAAGGACCCCAUGGGCAGUCAGAACCGCUGGCUGAUUGACAACGGAGUCAGCCAAGGCUUUGUGUACAGCUCCUUCCUGAAGCCCUACAACGCCCGCCGCAGCCACUCAGACGUCUCUGUUGGCAGCCACUCCUCCACUGAGUCGGAGCAGAGCAGCUCCUCUCCCAGGUUCCCACGGCAGAACAGCAGCGGCACCUUGACCUUCAACCCCGGCAGCAUGGCUGUGUCCUUUACCUCAGGAUCUUGCCAGAAACAGCCUCAAGAUGCAACUUCACCAAAGGAACUGGGCCAAGAAAUUCUCAGUGCUUCCUCAAACUUGGGUUGUUCUGAGAGCAGUCCUUCCAGAUGCCCUUCAGACCCAGACUCCAGCCCCCAGCCCCGGUCUUGGGACUCUCCAGAGGCAGCCAGAGACAUUAGCCAGCCCGCCCCUGCCCUCAGGGGCUACCGAAACUCCAGGCAUCCAGAAAUAGGUGGUUACUCCCUACCAGGGCGAAAUGGGCAGGGGAAAGACCUCACAAAAGGAUGUGCAAGAACAACCCAGGCUCUAGAAGACAAAAAUGAAGAGCCAGAAAGCAGGGAGGCAGAAGGCAACCAGGUCUAUUUUGCAGUCUAUACCUUCAAGGCACGGAACCCAAAUGAGCUGAGUGUGUCAGCCAAUCAGAGACUCAAGAUCCUGGAGUUUAAAGAUGUUACAGGAAAUACAGAGUGGUGGUUGGCCGAAGUUAAUGGGAAGAAGGGCUACGUUCCAUCCAAUUAUAUCCGCAAAGCUGAAUAUACCUGAGCCUGUUCUCCUUCCCACUCAAUCUGCUGCCUUUACCUUCCUUCUGUGGAAGGGUUCUGGUGGCCCCUGAGAGGGCACCUGCUCCUGGGACACAGGCCCUGUCUGCAUUGUUUAACCAUGGCACAGUGCUGCAGGGCACGAGAUGAGUCUUGUUUUGUGCCAUUGGAUUGUCAACUUUGAUGCUCUCUAGACUUUCUAGAAUUUGAAAUGGACCCUGGGGCUUAUGAAUGAUUCAGUGACCACGAGAAGGCACGUCUUAGGUCAGCCUUUGGAAAUGAGACAUUUCCAGUCGGAAGACCAGUAUCAUAUGUAUGUGCUCCGGCAAUAGAAGACGUUUGCAUUGGUUGUAUCAUACUGAGUUUGGGGUGGUCCCAUGCUCCACGAACAGAUGACCAGAAACUGACUUGGAUGAAGAGGACUCUCUGGGAGCCCUUUUAGAUUGUGCCUCUGCAUGUGGCAAGAAGUUUGUUAGAUUGUACCAAACCUGGUGUUCCAGUGCUUCAGUGUUUAGCACACAUUCACACAUCACACCUACUCCUAAUUUCUAAAAGUCCCUAAAAUCCUACCGUCUGUAAUCUUAUUUAUUUCAAAUACUGCAUUUCCAGGUUGGCCAUGCAAAAUUCCAUUGUUUUCUCUUUUUAAAAAGCGUUUAGGGUCUCUAUUUCCCUUCAACCUCUCUAUGAAAGGUUCUCUUUCCUUUUAGGUCUACAACCAUCUGCCCUUUUCUGUCACUUCUGCUUUAUUGAGUCUGUGUAAUGUCUCCUGGCUUUAUACCCGCAACCCAGUAACUGAUAGAUUUCCCUAGGAGAACAAGAUCAGAGCUCUGGCCGCCCCAUGGAAAGUUUGUCCUACAGUGAGCUGAGAUCAGUCUGGCCUGAUGGCAGACUGGGUGCCUUUCUCCUUCAUCCACACUACUAUCCACAGAUGCAGAAAGCAUAAUACACGUGUAUUAUAUGAAUUAGGAUAAGCAGUCCCCAGAGGUAGCUUAUCCAAAACUUGGAAAUAAGCAUUUUCUGUUUCACCACUAACCUCCAUGCUCAGAGACUAGUCUAAGCCAAACAGAUUCUAAAGUGCCUAAUUGUACCUCCCUCUGGCCUCAGGAAGAUCUUUGCUAAUCUUUACAACAAGACUGUCCCCCUGAAAAUUCUGUUUUAGCAGGGCUCUUAUUCUUAAGUUCUGCCCCAGAUAUGAAGUCUACCUUGAAAUAGAAAACUAUGAAUUUUGUCUUAAGGGAAUUAAGAACACCUCAUAGUCCCUGCUCCUUUAUAGUGCACCUUUGGCCUUAAAAUCCUGAUGAAUUGGGAGAUACCUGUGGACCCCUUAGCUCUGCGGGUCAGUCAGAAGGCAGCAAUGCGAGUCUUUUGUGAAUAGUGUUUAUAUUUAGAGAUGUUUAUAUUUAAGUAGGUAUUUUAUAAAUAAAAGCAUUUCUAAGGGC